AAAAUUCAAAUGUUCAAGGUCAAUUCAGGGUCAUUUUGUUCUGUCAUGAAGGUUUCACGGUUCUUCAUAUUUACUUAUCGUUAUUCGUAUUUGUAUUUAAGCUGCUACAAAGACUCACAUAAGCUUUAAUAAUUUUCAUCGUUGGCGUUGUUAUUUCAAACAUUUUACACAGUUGCCAUACAUAAUUAAAUAUUAACCUAUGACUAGCCAAAUUAAAUUUGCUUCUUAAACAGUCAGAAUCAAGGAAUUAGCUUCACAUCAUUAACAAUGGUUUUAAAAUAGGUUCAAAAAAAUACUUUUUUCACAAUUGGUUUGUAGCUAGGGUUUUCAUUACGAGCUGAUAUCAAAUAUAAUGUAGAUGAGACAUAUUAGGCAUUUAAAGCAGUACGUACGAGGUUCGUUUUCUUAUCCGGACAAUAACACUGAGGUUCAUAUACAACCAGCUGACGAGCAUUUAUUGAGGUGUGAUACGUCCCUUGGUCCCCCUCUGCCAUUAUUGGCAGACAAUUGUCCAACCGCGCUGUAAUCUCACCAUUGAACAAAAGACACAUUUAACGACAGUUCUUUAAAAAUACCAGUAAACUUAGAAUUUGUGUUUAAGAAAGUUUGCUUUCAGUCCAGCUUUUACUUAUGAUACGAGAUUUUCUAUCUUAUAUGUGAUUGAUUCUCCCAUUAGUUAUAGCCUCUGCCGUAUUUUUUUAUUUUACUCCAUACUGAUUAUUCAACAUAUGGGGCCAAGUCCAAAAUGUGGUUUUGUACACAUUAUCCAAGUUCUAUGUUAGUUAGUCUUUGAUAGGAAGAUGAAUAUAAGUCUGUUAAUCAUGCGUAAUGAAGCUUAUUUAACGGGUUUAAUCUUCAUCAGUGUAAGAUUCGUGGAGACAUUUUUGCGGUCAAUAUUUAAGACCCCACCGCUGAACGAACUCAAAACCUCCAGGUAUUGUGAUAAGCACUUAUUCGCUAUCUAUGUUUAACUUCAUUCAAUUCGUUAUGUAGCACAACUAUUUAAUCUUUAGUGGUUAACUGCCUCACACCAGACAGUUUGACUCCAUUAGUGUUAAGUUCUAACUAGGACUCCAUGAUUUGCUUCUCAAAAUAAAUCGCUAGUAGGGGCAUAAUAAUUACCAGUAAUUGGUUUUGCAAAAUGUUUUUGAAUUUUAUCGAGAUCACUUUAUUUCCAAUACGAUUUUAGUCGGGAAUUUAUGCUUUUCUUUUUCUAACUGAUGAUAAUUAAUUUCUUAUGAACGUCCGUGCAAACUUAGUCUCAGUUUAGUUGCAAAAUUCUUUGGUUGGAUGCUAAUAACUUUGACUUAAACCUCGAUAUUCAACUUGAAUAUCAUAUGAUUAUCAACUGCCAUGCUAAUUUACAAAGGUUUAAUAAAUCUUUUGAGUUGAGAGUACGAAUGUAACAACAACCCACCUUGAUAAAUCAUCAGUUAUCUGCCUGAAUUUGAUGAAAAUCCUUCCAGAUUUCAUAUUCGUAAUAGGGAAUUUCAUCCACUUAAUAUGUCUAAAAGUAGAGUGCAAAACAAAUCAUUUCAGAUAGUUUUUGUUUCAAAACAAAUGUAUUACCAAUCUUGCUGGGAAUGUCAAAUGUGUGUUACCCUCCAAAUUCCAAAGCUUAUAAAAGCUAUCUAAGUAAUCAUGUCAAUGAUAGGCCUCUUUUGAUACAUUUCACUAAUACUUUGUUUUGUCUUUCAUGAAUUUUACUAUACUUUCCCUUGAAAUUACCAAGACAUUAGGAGUCAUUCAUGCCAUUUUUUAUUUUUGAUUUGGAAUAAUUCUUCCCAUUUAUUUGUUUCAGUAUCUUUUAAUUUUUAAUACUGUUAGUUUCGUAUACGCCGCUUAGCUAUAAAGCUAUCUAUCAACAAAGUCAUCGCUGCUACACCCAUGUACCAGUUUGUUCAAAGUGUGCUAAAUUUCACUAAAUAUUCAUAAAAAACCGGUUUUAUUUUAUUUAUUUAUUUUAUUUUAACACAUAAGUAUAGGUACAGAGAAGCACCAAGUACAUAUGCGCCACACGAAUCUCAAUUGAUUUGUGUGAGGGCUGUGAUACUGCUCGGGUGCCCAAACCGAAGCAGGUGGUUUUCUUAGGGGGCCACACCCCGAGCCUUCGACCUGAACGUCUGACCCACAAGGCAGUGGAGCAUCGUGAGGAGAUGCAGUUCCAUGGUAGCCGGUGACCAACGAUUGGUUCAUACUCCAUUUGUUCCUUCAGGAUACUGGAGCCCAUGUGCACCAUUGAUUUGGGGUCCGGUUAUAGCGCCGGACAUUCGCUUUUCGUCCUCUCAUUUUCGUAAACAACAGUAAUGCCACGAGAAGGCAGUGAGUAGGACUUCCCUGGCAGAGGCUAUAUACGCAUGGCCCAGUUUGUUCAAAGUGUGCUAAAUUUCACUAAAUAUUCAUAAAAAACCGGUUUAUGUCAGCAUCUAUACAACAAACAAUUUUAAAGGGUACACUUAUCAUAUGUAGUGUACAACAAUUGAUACAUCUGACAACUACCACACACAUGAAAGGAUUCAAAAAUACUAUCAAACUUAAAGUGUGAUGAAUGGCUCCAAGUAUUCAUUCACCGUUUAAUAUGCUUCUUGCUUCUUGUAGAGGUUUUAUAUGUAGAAUUGUGUUUAAUUUGAAUUUUUUAUUUAGUAGAAUUAACAUGUCUACGUACAACAGUAAUAUUUUCCAAAAUUUUAGUCUAUCUUAAGCAUUCCAUCAAUGAUUGGAUUUUGUACAAGUAUCGGGAAGAUUUCAACUGGAAUACGGACGUUUACAAAGGCAAGUUCUCUUUAUACUCCGAUCCGUAACAAAAUCUACAUUGAAGUUUAUGGGUGUCAAAUGAACCAUAGUGAUACCAAUAUUGCUCAGAGUUUACUGACGGAAGCAGGGUAUACUAUUGUCCCGUCGGAUGAACAGGUUGGUACUUUUCUUCAAAUAUAAUCCGACAGUGUGACACUGUCUUGCUCAUGACAUGUGCCAUUCGAGAUAGUGCUGAAGUAAAAAUUUGGCGACGUAUUCAGCACCUGCGAUCUCUUCAUCGUAAAUCAUAUAUAAAAAUAGGUGUUCUAGGAUGUAUGGCCAAAAGGCUAAAGGAUAAACUCCUUAUGGAUGACAGCAGUAAAACUGCAGAUUUUGUUUGUGGCCCUGAUUCUUACCGUGAUUUGCCAAAACUUAUUGAAGAUGCUCAUUCUGGAUUAAAAGGUGCUAGCGUCGCAUUGUCUCUGGAAGAGACAUACGCAGAUGUAACUCCUGUACGACGUCAUUUUACAACUGACGAAUCCUCAGACCCUAUCCCUGCUCCUACUGCUUUCCUAUCAGUUAUGCGUGGGUGUGAUAAUAUGUGCACCUAUUGUAUAGUACCUUUUGUCAGAGGACGUGAACGCAGUAGACCAUUGGAUUCAAUCCUUCACGAAGCACAAAGCUUAUUUAAUCAGGGAGUAAAAGAAAUCACUUUGCUUGGACAAAAUGUUAACAGUUAUUGUGAUAAUUCGAAUGCAGACUUAUCAAUCAACUCAUCUAAAACGAUUUCAACACUUGUCCCUGGAUUUAAAACUGUUUAUAAACCAAAAGUUGGUGGUUUAAGAUUUUUCGAUUUAUUAGACCAAGUAAGUCAAAUUAGUCCAGAACUUCGUAUUCGAUUCACAUCACCACAUCCAAAAGAUUUCCCAAAAGAGGUUCUUCAACUAAUUUCUGAACGUAAAAAUAUUUGUUCAAAUAUACAUUUACCAGCUCAAUCAGGCAGUAGUGUUGUUCUGGAAAAUAUGAGAAGAGGUUAUACUAGACAAGCCUACAUAGAGUUAGUGAACACUAUUCACGAAAUAGUUCCAAAUGUUAGUCUUACAAGUGAUUUUAUCGCAGGAUUUUGUGGUGAAACUGAAGAAGAUCACUCUCAAUCUCUUGAGCUCAUUGAACGUGUUGGUUAUUCGUUUUGUUUCUGUUUUCCGUACAGUAUGCGUGAGAAAACUUUUGCAUAUCAUCAUUUAACUGAUGAUGUACCAAUUGAAGUGAAAAAACGACGACAUGAAGAGUUAUCAAUGAUAUCUCGAAAUAAAAGUUUAGAGUUUAAUCAAAAACAAAUUGGCACUAUUCAAAUUGUUUUAGUUGAAGGACCCAGUCGUCGUUCACCAACGCAAGUGUUUGGACGUAAUGAUUAUAAUACGAAGGUAAUUUUCGACCAAAAUGUUACACAAACACCAACUACUAAAAAUCAAGAUUCUUCGCAUGUAUCCUUCAAGCCUGGUGAUUAUGUGGUUGUUGAGAUUGUUGGUGCGACGUCUCAGACAUUACAAGGGAAGGCUCUUGGCUUGUCUACACUUGGAGAUUUUUGUAAAACAAAGUGGCAUAGUAUGAAUACAGCUAAAAUAAUAUAA